ACAGUCAGGCAGGCAGGCAGACAGGCUCGGUUAAAGGCUUGACAUGCAGGUGGGGGUAAGUUUGUACAUUGAGGGCAGGGAAUGGUAAGAGAGAGGAAAUGUUACCAAAGUGCACAAACAAUUCUCAUCUAAUACAAACCAGUCCCAUAAAAACUGCUAAAAUAUCAUUAAUUCGCCUCUGUUUAAAGGCUGUGGUUGCCCCAAGACUCAAAGUGCUCUCCAACCACAUAUAUAGAUUAUAUGAUAUUAUAUUGUAAAUAUUCCCAGGAAGUAAGUACUAAGCGUCGUUAGCUUCAAUUGCUCGGACAUGUGGUUGUUUCGUUUAUCUGUUAUGACGACGUUGGGGUGUUGCUGUUGCUGCUGUUGACGUGGAUUUCGACCGGCUGAAGAUUUGAAAAGAAGGACAGAAAAGCCGAGCUGCAGCUCAGCUCACGUUGUUUUGCAGGACAAGAAGAAAGAAACGGAACGAAAAGGGUCUUCAAGUCACCCACUGACCGUUGGAGCUUAAAAAACUAAAUCCAACAGCCAGCAGACCAAAGUAACUGACUACUACUUCCUAUUUUGCCUUGGCACGGUACAUACCGAGACACUGGCUGUCCUAACCUCCACCGCAUCGACACAGAAACAGAAAACACACAGGCUCGAGUAACACGCUCGUUUACAAUUCCGAUAUCUAUAAUAUUUACUUUAUUAUCUCUUGGAUUAUCAACCAAACUUUAAACAAAAUAACAAUAAUCAAUAUAACCACCAAAAAACAAUAACAAGUGAUAUAAAGGCAUUCAGUGUUUUUUUAAAACUGUUAUUAAAUUUUUAUUUAACCUUAAAAAUCACAAACUUGUUUUUCCUUAAAUUCUCUUUGUUUUCCUUUCUGUUUUUAGCUCGUUCUCUGCGUCUCUCUCUCCAGAUCUGUCUAUCUCUAUAUUUUUAUCGAUAACAAAACUAUUUAUCUAUCUACCACACCGUCUCUCCCUUCCUCGAUCUCUCGCACUCUUUCGCUCUCACUCUCUUUUUCUCCACAUAUAUAUAUAGGAUAUACACCUUAAUUUAUUCACACGUACGCCAACUAAAUAUUUGAUCUCUUCAACUGGUUUCAAAAACACUGUGAAUACCACCAUCUAUUGAGAUUGCUAUCAGCCCGUCACCCGCAACUUCGUCCGUUACUGCCUGAAAAUUUGAAGUGAAUUAUUGCCAACACCAUAUUUAUUAUUGCUAUUAUUAUUAUUAUUAUUAUUAUCAUUAAUAAUUUAUUUUCAUAACACUCAACACAAUCAGUACAGCAUCAUCAGUGCACCACUAAGCUGAUAGAUUUAAUUAAAAAGACUAUGCACCGAUUCAAGGAUUAUUCACUCCAUCGACUUGGCUAUGGGUAUUUAUUGCUCUGGUGUUUAUUGUCGUUUCCGUCUCUUGGAUAUGUUCUGGCUACAACCAACUGUGAUACCACCUGUCACUGUUUCAUCAGUGAAAACAGCGAAGAGAAGGGAAUCAUACACGUACGACCAAACUGUACACAAGGUAACGUCACAUGGCCUCAUCCAUACAAUGCAGUCCGUCUAGGAUUGAAUCCAUUGACGAAAGGUCACGAGUUCGAAACGUGCGUGAAAAUAAAAGUCGAUUUUGUUUCGGUCAUAGUUUAUGAGGAAAACUUGGGCAAUAUCGAAGGUAUGAAGCAGUUGUUUAUCAUUCAAAGCGGAAAAGAAAGACAGUACUGCAAAACAUCGUAUUCUCCUAUUACUUUAUUUAUUGAGCCUGUACGUUCACACGUAUACUGGGGACCCCCGAAGGUCGUCAUCUACUACGAAAGACUCGAAUUACGAAGUCAAAUGGAUCCAAUGAGAGAAUGUCGACCUUGUGAAGAAGAAGAGCUUCAUAAAUUGUUCUGCACCAGUGAUUAUAGUAAGUACUUCUGAAAAGAGUUCAUCAUACUCCUCAUGUGUGUGUGUGUGUGUUCAAAAGAUAAUUAGGCCAUCAUCUCUGUAAAACCCACCAUAUAUGAGCAGAAUUUUUCGUUUAAUAAUUUUGAAGUACACACAUACAGACACAUACACACACACGUACGUACACACACGCACACACACACACACACACACACACAUCUCUCUCCUUCUCUCACGAUAAAUAUAUAUAUACAUAUAUAUAUGUGUGUGUAUAUAUAUGCACCUCUUCAACUUGCCAGCUCCUGUCAAACCGACCAUG